AUGAACGUGAUUGUGAAGGUAGCACAUUUAACGACCAUUCAUCUGCUCGCGGCAUCAAUCUUAAAACUCGUAUCAUCGGACAAAACAUUCAACAAGUUGGCAUGGAAGGGCUUUCCACUUUGUUCAAACUCAAUCAAUAAUACUCUGCUCUCUCAAAAAUUCAAUGUGACUGCGGAGGAGUUUAAUAGCAGAAGAUUUGUGAAAACAUGCGGCAUCCAUUGCCAAUUGAUGAGUCCGUCCUGUAUCGCAUUUCAAGUAAACGUGCUGAAGUCGGUGAAUGGUGGUUCAUACAACCUCUAUUGCUACGGUUUCGACGACCUACCCAGCGACAUCUGCAUGAACCUCAACGACAACUGCUCCUUCUUCCUGGCUGAUAAACCGAUUUACAUGACCGUUUCUUCUUGGGAGUACGGUAAUCCUUUACCGCAGUCAACAUUGGUCGAAGUUGUAGGCGCUGGCAAGUACUACACUUCAAUAACUUACCCCAUUGGCGUGAGUACGUACAAGCUGAACAUGCUGGCCAGAUCGCUCUACGACUACCACAGUUUCAAUACCUAUAAUGAUCCAAACAUGGCUUUGUACAUGAAGAACUAUUUAAUGAAUACGACAAACGGGACAGUAAUUGUCGGGCAGACAGGGGACGAACCGGCGAGUGCCAUCCAGGGAGUAGCAGACUACCUGAAGAGUGUCAACCUGGACGUGAGCACGUUGCAAUUCAGGGGGAAGUGGGUGUUUGUAUGGCAGCAGGGAGCUUACGGGAAAACCAAGUCACACAUCUUUAAUGGAUAUGGGCUGUUCACCAAACAAUUUCUCAUCUGCAACUUGGGUUUGACCUGUUUACAUUUUUUUGUUAGAUUUCAAGGUUGA